ACUCAGUCCUCACAGUGAGGUAGGCACACCGAUCCCUAGAAGUUGUUCGAAAUCCUAGAGAAGAGAGGGAUUUGAAACCAGGCAGCCUAACGUGAGUGUUUUAAGACUGUCUGCCUCCAGAGCGGCCACCUGAUCUUACUGAGAAAUGCUGACGCUUUAGCCGUAAGGCUUUCACCUUCUAACACACUCCAUUGCUAAGUCCUCCACGCAGCCAGGCAGUGGUGCUCAGUAACAGACACUGGAAGCCUGGCCACUGACUAAAGGAUUGAUCCUCACCAGAAAAUGGUGUCUCCCUAAAUUGGCGCUUAGAAUCCAGUCUCUAGGACCCAGGAAUUAAUGUCCUACAGGUCCACACUCAGACUCAAAAGACAGCACUGGGCUGGGUAAGCAAGGCAGACACAGCCCCUGCCCUCACGGAGCACACAGGGUAAUGAGGAAAGGGCAGGGUGACUUAUUUAACAUAAGGAGGCCAGGUAUAAGAACAGGGAGCCACUGGGUUUUGUCCUUACAGCUGUGCACGCAGGGGCGCUAUGAGUCUUCAUUUACUGAUUUCUAUAAGUUUUCAUUAAAUAUGCCACAUAUCCAAUAUCCAGGCUGUUUUAUGUCAGUGGUUAUCUUGUGACUAUUUUUACUCACUUGUCUUGAAAGAGGCCACAUUUACUUAGGAACCUACUCUAAGGAGCCUAAUGAAAAUUAGCUGCUAAAUUUUCGGUCUACACUUGCUGAGAUGGUUCAACACAUGGCCAGUAGAUGGCAGCAGUGGAUUGCUCUUUCAAUGACAUCUUCCUGUGACGUCUGGUCUGUCGUUACAGUUUUUCUGUACUUGACUCGGCAAGGUUUCCUUGGGCCGGAGGUUGAUCGGCUCCUCAGUUUCCCAGCGUGUUCCAUGGGAAACAGUACGAGCAGACUCUAUAGUGCUCUUGCCAAGACACUGAACAACAGCGCUGCCUCCCAGCACCCAGAGUAUUUGGUGUCACCUGACCCAGAACAUCUGGAGCCCAUUGAUCCUAAAGAGCUUCUGGAGGAAUGCAGGACAGUCUUGCACACUCGACCUCCCCGGUUCCAGAGGGAUUUUGUGGAUCUGAGGACAGAUUGCCCCAGCAGCCACCCACCUAUGAGGAUCAUGCAGUGGAACAUCCUCGCCCAAGCUCUUGGAGAAGGCAAAGACAACUUUGCACAAUGCCCUGUUGAAACACUCAAGUGGGAAGAAAGGAAAUAUCUCAUCCUAGAAGAAAUCCUAGCCUACCAGCCCGACAUAUUGUGCCUCCAAGAGGUGGACCACUAUUUUGACACCUUCCAACCACUCCUCAGUAGACUGGGCUAUCACGGCACGUUUUUCCCCAAACCUUGGUCACCUUGUCUAGAUGUUGAACAUAACAAUGGACCCGAUGGCUGUGCCUUGUUUUUUCUCCAGAACCGAUUCAAGCUAGUCCGCAGUGCCAAUAUUAGGCUGACAGCCAUGACACUGAAAACCAAUCAAGUGGCCAUUGCACAGACCCUGGAAUGCAAGGAGUCUGGUCGACGGUUCUGCAUCACUGUCACCCACUUAAAAGCACGUACUGGCUGGGAGCAAUUUCGAUCAGCUCAAGGCUCUGACCUUCUCCAGAACCUGCAGAACAUCACCCAGGGAACCAAGAUUCCUCUUAUUGUUUGUGGGGACUUCAAUGCAGAGCCAACAGAGGAGGUCUACAAAUGCUUUGCCUCCUCCAGCCUCAACCUGGACAGCGCCUACAAGCUGCUGAGUGCGGACGGGCAGUCGGAACCCCCGUACACCACCUGGAAGAUCCGGACCUCAGGGGAGUGCCGGCACACGCUGGACUACAUCUGGUAUUCUAAACACGCUCUGAGUGUGAAGUCAGCUCUUGAUUUGCUCACUGAAGAACAGAUUGGACCCAACCGGCUACCAUCUUUGAAUUAUCCUUCAGACCACCUGUCUCUAGUAUGUGACUUCAGCUUUAAUGAGGAACCUGAUGGACUUUUAUAAAUGCUUAUCCGUGUCUUUUUAAUUACAAGAGUCUUAACCAGGGAUGUUUUAGGAAACUGAAAUAGGAUAAGUUGCCUGAGAAAGGAUUCCCAGUUUCUGUCACUUCACUUCCAUGUUUCCAGCAUGCCCAUGGGAAGGAAUCCCCUUAAAUUCACAAACCUUUUCCAUUAAAACCAACAGCAAAAAAGGUGUUUGCACUCCAGUUUUGGCUUGUAUUCUUUCCCUUACUUAGCAUUACAUAUUGAUCAUUUAAGGGCAUUAAAUUAGGCUUGCUCUUUUGGUUUGAUGAUGCUAUAUAAAAAUAGACUUGAGUCCUCCAUAAUUAACAAUGUAAGUAUGGAGGAGCAAUUUCUCUAGACAGCAUUUCAAGUUAUUUAUUUGUGAGUUUUCUAAAUGUCAACAAGAUAUGCAUGGCAAUAUUUAUUUUUUUAUAUCUUCGGGUAAAAUUUAAAAAUUAUAGUAUUAUGAACAUUUGAAAACCAUGCAAACGUAAGUUAUAGAGUAAUUUAUAGUAAUUUUCUUAAAGCUUAAAAAUGUUUUCAUUUGGCAGUCUAACAAAAUGGUAGUGUACUAUUUAGUAGUCAACUAUUUAGCCUAGAGGGGUUUUAAGUGGAAAUAUCAGGUCUUCCUGGUAUGUUCUUUAUAAAUAAUUCUUGCUGUACCUCCAUGUUCCCAAUUAUUGUGUUUCCAGAAGCGAUUCCAUGGCCUGUCAGUCUUCAUUAAUCACUGUUGAUACAUUUCUAGUAUUCCAUUGGAAUGUUGUUGGUAUACAUUUGAGAUCACUCAGUGUAUUAUUGAUACUGGAAUGUGCUUUUCACAAUAGGUUAUUUAGAAGCUGUUUUGUGGCAAUGGCCAAGCAAGUCAGUGGAACCUUCUUUUCAGAGAUGGAAAACUAGAAAACCUAUUCACGAGGCUCACAAUGAAAUUUCCUAAGACAGCCAGAUCACUGGUUCAAAGCAUCCAGAAAGAACGUAAAAAGUUAGAAAGAUAACCUGGAAUUCACUUCCAUCAGAAAAAAAGUGGUAAAGAUAACAGGUGAAGCCCCUUCCAAAUAACCUAUUGAUAAUAAACUGAUAAAUAUUUUAAUCCAUGAGUUGUAUAUAUUUAAGGUUAAUAAAUGGUCUUUUAAAACUAGACUUUUAAUGUAUUGUCUUUUUAGUCCAAAAAAGAAUCUGGGAUAGAUUUGAUCUUUCAAUACUGUUAAUGUGGUGCCCACACUAUCCAUUUACAGAGAGACCUUCAUUUUUAAAGUGGACAAAGAUGGACCUACAGCUGCACAUUUAAGGCAUCUAUGCUAUGCUUACAUGGUAUCCCUCGGCGCCAAAGUUAGUUACCCAAAAUGGUUCACCCAAAUAAUUCUGCAUUGGAACCACUUUUGAAACAAAUGAGGUUUUCAGUACAUUGUAUACAUAUACAUAUCAUCUCAGGGCUACCUGAAAGGUAUGGCAAGCAGAAA